CUUUUCAACACACCCAAGACCACACCAGCUCAUGUUUCAGGCACAAAAGUAAUUUCACUCCAAAUCACAAUUCUUUUAUAAAUACAUUUUCAUGCGUAUGUAACACACUAUAUAUGCUCCCAAUUCACACACACACACGCUCACCGCCACCACCGCCACCACCCACCGCCGGUGGAACCCACCAGCCAACGCAACCAGGACCUUCUCAUUCCUUUCCUCUUUCUCCUCAUCUUCCUCAUCUUCCACAACCCAUUUUCCAUUUCUUAGAAAUUCGCAUACCCAAUUGGGAAAAGCAAACACCUUUGUUGAUACGAUACUCUGUGGUGAGAAAAAGCCUUCACCUUCAUUUCAUCUCGUAUUGAACUCUGCGUUUUCUUCUUCUUCUUUUUUUCUGCCGGGGCGAUGAAGUAGUUGACGUUUCGCGAAUCAAAAACGACGCGCCGCCGCAGAAUGCUGUGCAGGAAGAGCUCAAAAAACGGCGUCGCUUCGGGAUCGGUCCCGGUGUACCUCAACGUCUACGAUCUGACACCGAUGAACGGUUACGCUUACUGGUUCGGCCUCGGAGUGUACCAUUCCGGCGUGCAAGUUCACGGAGUUGAAUUCGCGUUCGGAGCUCACGAGUAUCCGUCGACGGGGAUAUUCGAGGGAGAACCGAAGAGGUGCGAAGGUUUCUCUUUCAGAAAAACGAUUCUGAUCGGAAAAACCGACAUGGGACCCGGUGAGGUGAAGACGGUUAUGGAAGAACUCGCGGCGGAAUACAGAGGAAACGCUUACAAUCUCAUCACAAAAAACUGCAACCAUUUCUGCAACGAUGCUUGUCUAAGACUCACCGGAAACCCGAUCCCGAGUUGGGUCAAUCGUCUUGCCAGAAUCGGUUUUUUGUGCAAUUGUGUUCUUCCUGUGACACUGAACUCAACAAAAGUUAGGCAUCACAGAAUGGAAGAGAAGCCAUGUGAGGGAGAGAAGGAAGCGUUAGCGAGUGAGGGAAAGAAAUCAAAUUCUUCACCAUCCCCUGCGAGAGGGCGCAGGGGAAGGAGUAGAACCCGACGCUCUCUCCCUCCACCGUCACCGUUGAUUGUUGGGUCUUCUUCAUGAUCAUCAUCCUGAAUGCCCAAAAUCUUUUUUUCUUUUUUUUCUUUUUUGAUUUGGCCAAUUACAGUGAAGUUGCUCGAUCGAAGAAAAGCAACAGAUUGGAUUCUGAGUUUAAAAUUGUUUUUCUUCAUUCUUUACAUCCAAUAACAUUAUAAAAAUACCAGCCAGGAAUCCCGGAUUCAAAAUCUA